AUGGCCAAGAUCGCUAUCGUCUUCUACUCGAUGUACGGCCACAUCGUCAAGCUGGCCGAAGCUGAAAAGAAGGGCAUUGAGGCUGCUGGUGGCAAGGUCGAUGUCUACCAAAUCGCCGAGACUCUCCCCCAGGAGGCCCUGUCAAAGAUGCACGCUCCCCCCAAGACCGAUUACCCAAUUGCCGAUCCCUCCACUCUGCUCGAGUACGACGCCGUUCUCUUCGGUAUCCCCACCCGUUACGGUAACUUUCCCGCCCAGUGGAAGGCUUUCUGGGACCACACUGGCGGCAUCUGGGCCAGCGGUGGCUACUGGGGCAAGUAUGCUGGCGUCUUCAUCUCCACUGCCAGCCCUGGCGGCGGACAGGAGUCGACUGCCCUUUCCAGCAUGAGCACCCUGGCUCACCACGGUUUCAACUAUGUGCCUCUCGGCUACAAGCAUACCUUUGCCCAGCUCACCAAUCUCGACGAGGUCCACGGUGGCAGCCCAUGGGGUGCCGGUACUUUUGCUGCUGCCGAUGGUAGCCGCCAACCCUCUGCUCUCGAGCUCGAAAUCGCCGAGAUCCAGGGCAAGACCUUUUACGAGCGCGUCUCCAAGGUCUCUUUCGCAUGA